AGGACCCACUCGCGACGGCCGUGGGAGGCGGCGGGGCCGGCGCCGUGCUCCGCCCGGGGAGGGGCGGGAGGCGUCCCGGGGCCGGGGCCGGUGCCCGCGGCAUGGCGGGGCUGCCCGGCACCGCACGGACCCGGAGCGGCUCCCCGGGCUCCGCCGCCGCCCUGCCCGCCCUGGACGGCGCCUUCCUCCGCUCGCCGCUCGGGGGGCUGAUGGUCGCCCAGUUCGUGCUCGGCUUACUGGUGUGGGCUCUCAUCGCCGACACAACGUACCACCUCCACGCGGCAUACGGCUGGGUGAUGUUCGUGUCCAUCUUCUUCUGGAUAGUAACGCUCCUUUUCUUCGUGACUUACCUCCUGCAGCUUCAGCUGAAGUUCUACGUGAUCCCAUGGCCCCUCGUGCUGAUGAUCUUCAACGCUGCAGCAACCGUCCUGUACGUCACCGCCUUCGUAACAUGUGCGGCUGCUGUCCAGCCUACGUCCUGGCGGCAGUGGGAUUACAACCGGAGAGCCGCGGCAUCCUUCUUUGCUUGCCUCGCAAUGAUCGCCUACGGGGCCAGCACCUUCUUCAGCUUCCGCGCCUGGAAAGGGCUCGGCAGCAACGCGGCCACCAGCCAGGUGAGCGACCACAUGUAAGGAGCAGAGAGCGAAGCCCAAGCUGUCGGCCGCCCCGGGUCAGCUCACGCCAGGCUCGGUGGCUUGGAGCCUCACGUGCCACCAGGUCUCGUUCAUGGCCCAGCCCGCGCUGGCAGCGAUGGUCAGCGCCAGGUCGCGUGGACGCUGCUCUGUGGUCUCUGAUGAUGCUUCCAGCUGAUGUACCCACAGCACAAACCCACCGGCGCCGCCACCGACAGCCUCACCGGGAGGACACGGACUCAUCCUUGGGGUUCAUCCACUGGAGCAGCUCCACUGAGGGGGCUCAGCCAAUCCGGCACACUCCAGCACUAAAAUUCACUAAACCAAGCCCAGGCUCCUGUCUCUGCUCAUUUGUAGCUACAGUGUAAGUAAUUGCAAUUAAUAACGCGAUACAUAACCAGCGGCAUAGCUGGAGGAUGUAGGCUAAGCAAAGGAAAAAGUCUAAACUAUUCUUGUCUUGAUUUCUAAAAAUGUGAAGCACAAAUUUUAUGCUUUAAAUAAAAAUCUUCCUAAAUCCAGC